UAAAAGAAAAGGCAGGGAGCCUAUGGGAGCGCUCGACUGUCUCCUCCUACGACACGCACGAAAGUUGGCCACUUAAACUACUUCCAGCCAGCCAGCAGACAUUACACUGAAACUACAGCAAGGGAAAAUAACAACAGCGGUUUUUCCCCAACCCAAACACACAGCUUUAAGUGCAGCUCCUCCAUUUUGCAGAGUUCCCUGUUUUAAGGGAUUUUUACAAAAUCGUCGUCUUUGUCUGUUUCUUUUUGUAUUUUGGCACAUUGCUCGCACCAGAGGAGAGCAUCGUUUUUAAUUUCAUUCCGGUGAAAGAAAGGCUUGUCCAGUUUCUCCCUGGGACUGGGAUUUGACAGCAGAUUUUUGAGCAUUUUCAAGACAUUCCGGUUUUUGACUUGGACUUUGUGAGAGUAGCAGACUCGUGCAGAAUCCGGUUUUGGCGUUUGUACGAGUAGCUGUAGGAUGGCUACUUUACCAGGAACAGUGCCUCGGAUGGUGCGCCCUGCGCCAGGCCAGAACUAUCCUCGGACCGGCUUCCCUCUGGAAGUAUCCACCCCUCUGGGCCAGGGUAGGGUGAACCAGCUUGGCGGUGUGUUCAUCAAUGGGAGGCCCCUGCCAAAUCACAUCCGGCACAAGAUAGUGGAGAUGGCUCACCACGGCAUCCGACCCUGCGUAAUCUCGCGACAACUGCGAGUUUCUCAUGGUUGUGUCUCCAAGAUCCUGUGCAGGUACCAAGAGACCGGAUCGAUCCGUCCGGGAGCCAUAGGAGGCAGCAAGCCCAGGGUGGCAACUCCUGACGUGGAAAAGCGAAUCGAGGAGUACAAGAGAGAAAACCCGGGAAUGUUCAGCUGGGAGAUCCGGGACAAGCUGCUGAAGGACGGGGUGUGCGACAGAAGCACAGUUCCUUCAGGUGAGGCUUCAUCUGUGAGCUCCAUCAGCCGCGUGUUGAGGGCCCGAUUUGGCAAAAAAGAUGACGAGGAUGACUGUGAUAAGAAGGAUGAAGAUGGAGAAAAGAAAACAAAGCAUAGCAUCGAUGGCAUCCUCGGUGAUAAAUGUAACCGCACAGAUGAUGGUUCAGAUGUAGAUUCGGAGCCCGACUUGCCCCUGAAGAGGAAGCAGAGGCGUAGUCGCACCACCUUCACUGCUGAGCAGCUGGAGGAGCUAGAGAAGGCUUUUGAAAGGACACAUUACCCAGACAUCUACACCAGAGAGGAGCUGGCUCAGAGGACGAAACUCACAGAGGCCAGAGUACAGGUGUGGUUCAGCAACAGACGAGCUCGGUGGCGCAAACAGGCUGGGGCCAAUCAGCUUGCGGCCUUCAACCACUUGCUUCCUGGAGGAUUCCCACCCACAGGGAUGCCAACUUUACCCACAUACCAGCUACCAGAGUCCAGCUACCCCAGCACUACCCUAUCACAGGAGGGCAGCAGUACAUUGCACAGACCUCAGCCCCUGCCCCCAUCCUCCAUGCACCAGGGAGGUCUGAGUGCUGACAGCAGCUCUGCUUAUGGUCUUUCAUCCAAUCGCCAUGGCUUCUCCAGCUACUCUGAUACUUUCAUGAGUCCUUCAGCAUCCAGCAACCACAUGAACCCUGUUGGCAAUGGGCUCUCCCCACAGCUAUUUCUUCAAGUGUCUGGCAUUGAUGGCCUAGCGGUUGCUGUAAAGAUUGACAAAAAUUCUCUGAUUCCCAGUAAAUGGGCUGUGGUGGCGAAGUGCCAAGGCUGUAAUGGAAUCCUGCAGCGUUCAGCAGUCCCGACAGGAGCUCGCGUCCAUUCCAAUCCCAUAACCUAUCCCGACAGCACACAUUUUCCCAUUACAGGCGGUGGAAAAGCCAUCCACACUCAAACUGGUUGCUGUCAUUGCCUUCCUGCCCGUGCGGCGCUGCACCGUACCACGCACGCUGACACCAUGCUCACCAGCGACUCCCCACAACUGUCUGAGAGAGAUAAGCCAGGGGAGACUCCAAACUGCGCUGCUGCUCCUCCAUUAGCUAGCGCAGGCGCUUCUUUUAAAAACGGGCAAACAACCCCCACCUCUCCUCCUCCUCCUCCUCCUCCUAUUCCUCCUCCUGUUUUUCUCCUUCACACCCUCGAUCUGCCUUCUGGAGCUACUCCCUCAUACACACAGAGGCCCUGCCUCAUUGAAGCCAUUCUCCUAGAAUCAGAAAAUCUGCCGUUUAAUUUAGAAGAGGCGUUGGUGCAAGUGUCUGCAGCUUGGCUCCAUAUGGCAGGGAGCAUCACGUGUGUCCAGCAUGAAGAGGGCUAUGAAUCUCCCUCUUAUGGAUACAUGUCACAUGCUUUGUCCACAGAUGUGGAGGGGACGGUGAUGAGUAUCCUGAGUAACCCCAGCGCUGUACCCUCCCAGCCCCAGCACGACUUUUCCAUUUCCCCCCUACACAGCAGCCUGGAGAGCUCCAACUCCAUCUCGGCCAGCUGCAGUCAGCGUUCUGACACCAUCAAGAGUGUGGACAGCCUGGCAUCCUCGCAGUCAUACUGCCCCCCCACCUACAGCGCCACCAGCUACAGCGUAGACCCUGUCACUGCAGGCUACCAGUACAGCCAGUAUGGCCAGACUGCUGUAGACUACCUGGCUAAGAAUGUGAGCUUGUCCACCCAGAGGAGGAUGAAACUUGGAGACCACUCUGCUGUGCUGGGACUGCUGCAGGUGGAGACGGGACAGGCCUACUAAAGCCCUGGGGACACACACCCUGGGGCUCUCACCUCACUCUCUGCCACCUUCUUCCAUGCUUCAUCAAGUCUGGACUCCAACUCUAGCUCGCCUGAGUGCCGCUCACUCCUCAGCCUGGCCAUGACAUCAGCGCACAGAUACGCACCCUUGAGGUGCACCGGGGAAAGUGACGCUUGCGGGUGUGACAAGGCUCUUCCGGGAAUGGAACUAAACAUUUCACAUCACUGUUACCACCAGACGGCUCUGCACCCUCUCUUUGCAAUCUCUGGGCACCUCUGCCUGUUCCACAAACUCCAUCCCCAAACCCUGUUUUAUUUUGUUCAGAGGGCCCAAACGAACCCCUGCUGACCUGAGAACGGUUUCAUUUUGUCACGACUGCAGUCCAGCACUCGUUCCGGGCCAUCAACUACAUGUACUUUAACCUUGCUGUUCAUAGUAGUUAAAAAAACCAAUAUCAUUUGAGCGAGUCUUAUUCUUGUUCCUUUUUGAUAUUGUUAAUAUUAUUGUUGCUGUUAUAUGAUUAUGGUUAAUGUGAUUUACGUUGUUCUUUGAUUCCAUACAUAUCUCUUUUCUCUGUUAGAUGCUGGUGUGUAAAACACAGUGGAUGACUGAGUCAAUUUGGGAAUAAGCGUCUCUCGCGUGUGCAUGUUUGCGUGUCGGCACACAAGAGAGGAUGAUUGUUUUCCAAGCUGCUGUUCCUCUGCCUGUUCCCUGAGCUCUAAUGUUGGUGAGCGGUUUGACCUUCUCACUUCUAUACUCAUCUUGACAUUCCUAAAGAACUUGGCCACUCUGUGGGAAGUCUGACUGGAUGGAUUCUGCAGGGAAUUUAAGCAGCAUUUUGGCAGCCGAUAGCUUUCCCCUUCUAACCUCCAUCCUAUCCUAGGCCACGGUCCAUGGGGAGAGAGGCAUUGUUUGCAAAAACAUGAUUGGGGAAAUUAAUGUAUUUUGUUUAGAAAUAUGGACCUUGCCAAGGAGGGCUAACUCAGCUAGUGCCCCCACCCCUCUGCAUCCACUCCUGCCAGGGAAUCCUGUGUGAAUUAAACAGUGUGGAGCAGAUUAAAUCACACACACAUAUAAUGUGAAAGCUAAUUCACAGUGACCCUUCACAUUACUAGCCACUAUUUCAGUUUUUUAGAGUAAUUAGCACAUUUUUUUAAACGCACUUUCACUCAAUUUUCAGACUAAAUAAGCACUCCGUCAAAGCAUUCCUCAAUCUCCAUUUCCAGCUAUACUAUAAGCAUUCCAGUGCUUUCUGUCAUGAGACUGCAAAGUACCCAAGAUGCGUCAUUCACAUGCAAAAACCAUAUAAUCCAGCUGGUCAUGAAAGUGGACAGGUGACGCCACUGUUUGACCCCUUCUCUGGUUAAGACUGGAGCUUUGUCUACUGCUCCACUUUGACGUACUCACUGAAAUGUACAAAAAGAAGAAAAAAGUUUAAAGAAUAGUACAUAUGAGACAUUUGUAUAGCACUCAUAGUUGACUUUUGACACAGGCCAGGACCAGCUGUUCCCUUGAGAUUGGCAUCAUUGUGAUAUUAAUGAUAUACACAGAACUGUUAACUUUAUCUCAAGACAAAAUUUGGUCCUUAGUCGCCUUUAUAAACUGAAAACUGUACAGUUCAGUAGCUGGAGCAGACUGUGUAUUGUUUGUUUAUAAAGAAUAUGUUUUAUACUAAAACAACUAUGUUGCGUGGUAGGUAAGCAGGGGAUCUGUCGAAGUAAAUGUUUGAUUUGAAUUUCCUUAACUGGCUUGUUUUCUGUUGGUUUUGUUUUAACUGUAUUUAAUUGGUUUAUCUGUUUGACGAACAGUUUUGUUUCUGGUUUGGGCCCAGGUAAGAAUGAAUUUGUCUAAGCUAGCAACAUAUAAAUUCUUUUAAAAUGUUGCAAUUAAAAUAGUAAAAAAAAAAAAUAAAGGAUCAAACUGAGCUCAACGAAAAAUGAAAGCUUGAUGACAGACUACUUGGACCAUAGGACCACUGUAUAUAUGAAAAUGUGGCUGGAUGAAACAUCAUCAUGUGUCAGAGUAUUCUGAGGGUGUUUCUGACAACCUGGUCUUACAGACUGAUUAUUAGCGCAGACCAGACUUGACUGGACCACGGACCUAACACACCUGAACUCCUGAGCCUUCAGUGUGGAACUCUGUCAACGGUUCAUCGUGUUAAUGAAGCUGGUAAAAACAGCCUCUCUGCUCUGGGAAACUGAAUCAAGUCAUGUUUGAUUUGUGGACCAAUAAGACUUCAGGAGAAAAAGUCAAAGCAACGCUGACUCCACACUGAAUCACAGCAGCUCCAGCUGCUGCUCUGCUUAGAUGCCUCACUCGUGUAUAUUUUAAAAAGGAAGAAUUUUAGGAUUGUCUUUAGUGUAUCAAACCCAUUUCUAACACUUGCAUCAAUAAGCAUUUGGAUAUUUAAAGCACACAGCUCCUUAUCCUCCACCCGUCUGUUGAACCUUUAACCUGUUUAGUUGCUUUCUGACAUCUGUGCUUUGCUUUAUUCCUUUUUCUGUUCCGCAUGUGUGUAUAUUAUCAUGGUAUAAUUUAUUCUGCUGUAUGAAGUAUUAGACUAGUGGGAAACUUGUAUUGGUAUUUACUACCUUCAGCCUGUUGGUGUGUUUACUGUAACACUGGCGUAACUGUUAU